AUGCCUGGCGAUCCGGCCUCUACAGAACCUGUCGUCCCAGACUCGUCUCCUCCCGCGUUCUCUCCAUUUACCAGUCACUACUCCGCUAGUGCAGCCCCGCGCGCCUCAUUCGACGUGGCCUCACUUGGUAUCUUUGACAAUCCCUGGGCGUCGACCGCAGACAUCGGAAACGCAGCUGAUUCUACGGCCCCCAACACCACACCGUCGUCGCGCCCACCCGACCUCGUAUUUAUACCAGACUCCAUGAUGAGCGCCGAUGUAGCGCGCCACCCGCACUUCGACCCUCCGAAAGAGCCCAACGCCUGUAUGUACAUUCUGAACUCGAAAGUACAGGAUACGAACGGGACCGCCGUGUACACUAUCUCGUCCGGCGAAGACAUGGCGAUCAUCAAACGACAGGAGACCGGCACGGCUCUCGCUCUGCUCUCUUGGUCCGUUGCUGGGAAGGAUGCGGAAAUCAAGUAUCUAGCUGAAGGUCAGAUGAGGGACCAGCGGUGUGAUGAGUGGUUGCCGCUGAAGAAGGACGGAACCGGAUCACGUCGUGUCGACGUUGGCGGAGGGCGAUCGUGUAACUUGACUUCUUCUAAUGGAAGAGAUACACUCACUGAGCUGACUUCCGACGGGGGUACAAAGACGGUCUGUUUCGCGCAGAAGGCUUCCGGUCUACCCACUAGACUUGAGAUCCGUUUCGAGACCUCGGAUCAAGCUUUCGUGAAUCAAGUCCGCGAUGCAUUCAUCACGGCGCUCGUCGUCUCGCGUGUGUUCAGCAUCAGUAUCCCACCGCCGCGCUUCCAUACCUCGCCGCCGCCCAUCCGUAAAGCGGUACCGGGUACUGCGACGCGACGCCGGAGAAACAAGCGCAAUGACAUCUCGAACACGUUGUGCGACUGUAUGUGCGACUGUUUGUCCUCAUGGGACGGCUCCGACGAUGGUUGUGGCGGCUGCGACGGCGGCUGCGACUGCGACGGAGGUGAUGGAGGGUGCGAUGGCGGAGGCGAUGGCGGUGGCGGCGGAUGA